GAGAUGGUAGGGAGCAAAAAGUUGUCAGAAAAAGUUCCUAGUUCUUGUUCUUGUGGUGAGCAGUGUGUAUUUUUGCAGCUUCCUCUUCUAACCCCCGCAAACUGGAGUACCGUAAGAGGGAGGGAGAAAGUGAAAGAGGGAAGGGUGGUUGAGUGAUUAUGUGCUAAGGAGGUGCAUGUGUGUAUGUGUGUGUGGAGAGGUCCGCCACUCUCUCUACUUUAAGAGUUUUACCACUUCAGUCAACAUCCUGAAGCGGGCCACUCUCCACUCGACCCCUCCUCUCACCUCUCCUCCGGACCAACGCAUGGACUCCAGCAGCUUGAAAAGAAGGCAGUGAGGAAAGCAACUUUUCAGAAGAGACAUAAAUGCAGGAGCAGGAACUGGGCAAAAGAAGACUUCUGGAUGCAACAGCAAAAAGGAGGGCCAGCCAAAAGAGAAGAAGAGAAAGUGAUAAAGCAGAGACAGGAGCAGCAGGAGUUGGACUGUGAAGACAGGAGGAAGACAGAGUCAGAGUCUUAAGGGGCACUUUAACAAGAGGCGAAAAAAAGAUAUAGGAGAUACAGAGGACCAAAGGGGAAACUCACCUGACCCACUUCCCUGCUCUACCAGGUGGAGCAACCUCUUUUCCCCCCCUCUCCUCCCUCCCUCCCCUUUCCCUCUCUUUCUCCUGACAUGGGCCGCCUGCUGGCCCUGACCCUUGCCUACCUGGCCUACCUGCUGGCCACCGCGAUCGGCUCAGAGCGCCAACAGCACCGCGUGCAGCACGGCCCCUGCAGCUACACCUUUAUCCUCCCCGAGGUGGAGCACUGCCAUCCCUUAAAGGACUUCCAGGUCACCAACACCCUCCAGAGGGACUCCCCGCUUGAGGCAGAGCCAGAUACAAGCCAAUCCAAGCCAGGUAAGGCCCAAAAGGAGAGGCCUUCCUGGCAGGAGAGGAAGCUGGAGAAUCUGGAGAGUGCCAUGGAGAAUAACACCCUGUGGCUGCAGAAGCUAGAGAACUUCAUCCAGGAGAAUGUGCGCUCUGGGAUGGAGGAAAUGAAAAGAACUGCGGUACACACCCAGACAGCUGCCAUGCUGGAAAUGGGAACCAACCUCCUCAGCCAAUCAGCCGAGCAGACCCGCAAACUGACAGACGUUGAGACCCAGGUGUUAAACCAGACAAGUCGCCUGGAGAUCCAGCUGCUCGAGUACUCGCUCUUCACUAACCGGCUGGAGAAACAUAUUCUCCUCCAGACUCAGGAGAUCUCACGCCUUAGUGAUAAAAACGGUUUUCUGGAACAGAGGCUCUUAGCGCUGGAGGCUCGGUAUGGGAGGGAGCUGCAGGGCUUGCAGGGUGAAAAGCAGCAGCUUAAAGAGCUUCUGGAGAGGCAGAGUCGACUGGUCAGUCAGCUCCAGGGUGAACUGGGCAGCUCUACGCUCAACAGCACCUUACUUCAGAGACAGCAGGCCGUGCUCACAGACACUGUUCAGCAGCUGCUGACUAUGGUCAACCACUGCAAUGAAAUCUCCAAUAUGCCCAAGGAGGAGCUGCUUAGUUUCAGGGACUGUGCGGAGAUCCUGCGGUCUGGAGUGACAGAGAGUGGAAUAUAUAGCAUACGCCUCCCCAACUCCACCCAGACUGUCAAGGUGUUCUGUGAUAUGAAGACUAGAGGUGGCGGGUGGACGGUGCUGCAGCAUCGGAAAAACGGCUCCGUUGACUUCCAUCGUGGGUGGAGGGACUACAAAAUGGGCUUUGGAGAGCCGUCUGGGGAACACUGGCUGGGGAAUGAUAUCAUCCACAAGCUGACCAGCUCCCAGGAAUACAGUCUGCAUGUCCAGCUAAAAGACAGAGAGGGGAACGAAGCCUUCUCACAAUACGAUCGCUUCCACAUAGACGGAGAGGACAACAACUACAGCCUUCAUGCCGAGGGCUUCAGUGGCACAGCUGGACGGACCAGCAGUCUCACGCACACCGGCACCCAGUUCAGCACCAAGGACAGAGACAACGACCUCUGCACCUGCAAGUGUGCCCAGCUUGCAUCUGGAGGUUGGUGGUUUGAGGCUUGCGGUCCAUCUAACCUGAAUGGCAUAUAUUACCCUAGCUCAUCCAGUGUGGUUCGCUACAAUGGCAUCAAGUGGUACUAUUGGAAGGGUCCAAAUCUGAUGGCUACCAUGACAACCAUGAUGGUGCGCCCUGCAAACUUCUGAUGGCAUGGCUCAAUCAUGAUGUCAGAUUAUGAAGUGAAUGUCACCUCCGAUUAAUAUAAUGAACAAUAUCCAGGAAACGGUAUAUUUUGGGAGGACAUUUGAAUAAGACUGUUGUUGGUUUCAGCUUCAGGACAUCUUAAAGGGAUGAUUAAGCAAUUGCCUGGGGACAUGUGCAUACUCACAGCAAAUGACUGUGGUUUUAGUGAAUUCCUGAGUGAGAAAUUCCACUAACAAUACCUAUUCCCAAAGGUGCCCAAACUACAUUUUAAUAAGGAUUGUUCAUCUGAGAGAGGAAGGAGAUAGAGGGUAUGAGAUUCGUUACAGAUGACUAAAACACAACUGAUCACAUCAAAUUAUGCAGUUACAUAUGACCAGUUACUCAACACCAAAUUAAAUUCAAUUAAUAAAUGAAUAAACCUUUAGAGACACUUUAUCGCAAUACCUAUUUUUAUAUUAAAGUAUGAAAACGUAUGUUGUGUGUUUGUCUGUUUCCUGUAAAGACAUUUUUCAAUCAAUGUGACCAAACUGCAAUGAUUCACAGCCACAGCCUUUUGUCUAGACGACAGAAAGUCAAUUAAUACAAAAUAACUCUUUACUCUUUUAUAAAAUCCUAAUUUUUCAUUAAAUGUUUUAUUAACUUGGUAUUCGUGAUAUAUGUAAUGUCUGAUAUUAAAUUAUAAUUCUCCUAAGCAAUGCCCUGAUUGUAACUAUAUUCCAGUAGUGUUACCGGACUGUAAAACAUCUGUACUUGUUAAAAAACUGUAGCCCAAUUCAUACACAAUAUAACCUAAGGUAACCUACUGUGACUUCAAUGGUUUACCAUUGUUAAUAAAACAACACCACCAAGAACAGCAACAAUAACAGGCUUUGCCCUUUGCUGUAUCUUCCAAAGGGCUUUUAAGAAUGAAAUAUCCCCAAUUCUUUCCAGGCACACCUCUCAUAAAACUUUAUUUGUGAGAGAUUUCACUCAUAAAAGUACAUCAUAUGCUUUCACUGGUGUAAUUUACUUUCAAAAAUGAAACAUUUGUAAUAACAUCUGGGAACAAAGCUGUAAAUUCAAUUUUUACUUUGUUAAAACAAUAAAAUCAUAUAUAGUCUUUGGUGCCUAUA